AUGUCGAGUAGCUGCCUGGAUUGGCCCCUGAGCCAAGCGGAGAAGCGAGGCCGGCUCCUGCAGCUGUACGACAAGGACGUGCAGGCGGCGGAGCGGCUGCUGAAGACCCUGGAGCCUUCGCAGGCCACUGUCCUGGGAGGCGACUUGCGAGCGUCAAGUUCCACUCUCGGCCAGGGCUGGCCAUGGCAACUUUGGACCAAAGCUGCGGAGACGAUCACCGUCUCUUUAGGGCACCUCUCCGACCGCCUUGCGGCGGCGUCUGCGGAGCCGGCCGCGGUGUCGGAGCCGGCGCCCGCGGCGGUCUCCUGCCGGCCCUCGAUCCUGCGGGCGCGGUCUGAGGGGCUGAAGGAAGCGAAGCGGGUCUCCUUCGCGGACGCCCAGCACCGCGCGCGCAGCCGGGACGAGCGGCGAGAGGGGUCGCCUCCACGGCUUCGAGUGACCGUCCGCCUAAAGCGGCUGACCGGCACGGCAGGGGAGGCGCGUGGCACGGAGGCGUCUGCCUCCUUAGUCCAAGCGACAGAAACGCUCGAGAGUUCAGGCCCAGAGAUCUCACUGGGCGAGGAGAUGCCGAGCGUCGGCUGCUCCUGCCCGAACUUGGCUCGCCGGGGCCCGAACUUGGACCGCGCCCGGGGCGUCUAUGAGCGCCAGUUCAAGAAGAAGGAGGGAGUGGACACCAAGAACCUGCCCUUCCUGGUCCACAGGACCUCCUCCGGGAAUCUCCCUGUCUAUGUGGAGCCCACGCAGAAGGGUGAGAAGUUCACCCGCAUCCGCAGGGUCUUCGGGGAUGCGGAGCACUUGGCGCGGGAGGUGGGCCGCCUCUGCGACUCCUCGGCGCGGCCCAGCCGGGGCACGCGCAAGGGGGUGGAGGUGCUGGGCGUGCAUGCGCGCCGCAUCAAGGAGUGGCUGCAGCACCUGGGGCUCUGA